AUGCAGAUAUCUGUGCCUGAUAAGCCAAAUUCGCUCCAGUCAAACAAAAGCUACGUCUAUGAACCGCUGAUUGAUAUCCGCCUCGAAGAAGAUGUCUUUUAUGACUACCCACCAUUGCAAUCCGAAGAGCUGGAAGAGGAGCCGAUAAUCACGGAAUUUGAAGAGGAGACCCAUAAUCAGCCGCAUCAAUGCGCUGCAAAUGACGAGUUUCAAAGAAGCCAAGAAGGACUUCGAAGGAAGCUGAAAACAAAAUGGAAUCACGCCGCCAACAAACUUCAUACACGAUACGAUGUCGAGCAGAAUACUGGACCUGGAGUUGAUAGACAACACCUGGCAGAGGAACAUGCUACGCCACCGAUAGAGCGCGACUGGGAUCAAAUACGUCUCAUUGAGCUCCUCCCAGGUGGCUUCAAAGAUUCUAUCAUGUGUCGAAUGCAUCACCUCUACAUUCAAGAUGUGGGAACCUCAAUGUGGUGGUCAGAUGUGGAGUAUCUCGAAGGCAAGCGUCCGGAAUAUGAAGCGCUUUCCUAUUCUUGGGGAGAAUCUCUGUCAAAUGACUCGAUUUACAUCAAUGAUCGCUCUUUUUUGGUGAGAUCAAAUCUAGUUACCAUAUUACGGUAUCUCACAAAGAAAAACGUAUCCCGAAUGUUAUGGGUAGAUGCCAUUUGCAUCAAUCAAAACGAUGUCGCUGAAAAGAAUGUCCAAGUUCAACGAAUGGUACAAAUAUAUCGUCAAGCCUCCGCCAUGCUUGUUUGGCUGGGUGAACCCACCGAGACUAGCGACAUGGCUUUCAAAACAAUCGAGAAUGAGCGUAAUUUGAAAUCAUGGAAAAAUGUCACAGAAGCACGGAAGCGCUCUCUGCUUUGCUUAUCUACCGAGCAUUCGUGGUGGUCUCGCAUGUGGAUUAUCUAG